AUGUUCUCAAAAAAUAUCUCCCUCCACCCCGCCCUCCCCACAGAUGCCCUCACUCUCGCAAAACUCCACAACGCAGCAUUCGCCAAUGACACCCUCAUGGAGAUCAUGUACGGUCCUCUCACUAUGGAAGACCCGCUCUUCGUGGGCGACCUGGAGCAGACCAUCCGCGACGACCCCCACGCCCAACUCAUGAAAGCUGUCGAUGAUGAAUCGAAUCAAAUUGUGGGCUGGUCGUGGUGGAGUAUCUACCAGGAUGCAGUGGCCCAUGCAAAAGCAGAACACGAGGCACAUGAAAGGCAUACCACACCUCCGCCUAAUUCAAUUUGUCCACAGGCGUAUUUUGAUUACGAGGAUUUGAAGGCGAGCGCGAGGUCAAAGUGGCUUGGGGAGAGGCCAGCAGCCAUCCUACAAGUCUUGGUUGUCCAUCCAAAGUACCAAGGUCGGGGCAUCGGGACAAAGUUGCUGAUGGUCGGGGUGGUAGAGGCACAACGUCUCAAGCUGCCCGCAUGGGUGGAGGCUUCUCCGGCCGGGCAGAUGGUCUACAAGAGGUGUGGGUUCCGUGAUGCGGAAAGGCUGGAAUUGGACUUUGCUAAAUAUGGCUUCAAGGGGCUGAUGCUUAUUUACUGUAUGUUGAUAGACGACGUUAAUGUUGAUAAGUAA